AUGAAUUGCAUAGCAAAACAAUUUCUAGAUUGUAUGAUGAAUGAAUUAUGUGAAGCUUGGUUUUAUUGGCCCAUUAUUCAUGGCGGAUUAAAUUUAAAAAAUAUUUAUUUAGAUUUAUACAGUAUUCAUAAUCAAUUACUGAACAAAAAAAUGACUACUUUUAAUCAAUUACCAGAACGUGAUAUUGAAAAAUAUGCUGAAAUUAUGGAAAAAUAUGAACGAGGAAAAAUUCAUCGAAAAGAUAAAUCUCUUAAGAAAUAUCUUCAUGAUGAUGAAACACUCAUAAGUUUUGAUGAAUUUAUACAGCGUCGUGAAACUCGUAUUUCAUAUUGGAAUGAUGUUUAUAAAGAAAUGUUAAAUACAACACCAUCAUUAUCACCUAUUAUGACAGAUCAUCAUAAAGAUCAUAUACAAUUCUUACAAAAUACAAUGACAAAAACAUCAUCUGGUAAAAGAUAUCAUGCAGGAACGGAUUAUUACUUGGAAUGGUUAGUUUGCUUUUACAGUCAACAGAUUGAAUCGACUUUUAAUCAACUCGACUUUAUUGAUCCUGAAAAUGUACCUGUCGGAUUAAUUUCAUUGAUGCAAACAACAAAAAUUAAUUGGAAUAAAGAAUAA